AUGGAUUCGUUAGUGGAGGACGCGGGUGACUUCUACGACGGAGAGAAUGAAAGUGACGAUAAACGCAAUGAGCAUUCCUUCAAACGAUCCGCAACAACCAGCGAAACGUCAGCCGAUGGGAAUGAGGCGAAGAAACCGAAAAUCGAACAGAAAACGGAAGCAAAAACUGAGUUUAUUGAGAGUUUUUCGAAUAAGUCUCUUCGAUAUUACGAUUUUAUGCAUUUGGGUGGACCCGAAGUUGAGGCGCAGAAGAUAGGAUCUGGGAUCGGAUUUCUUUUGGGGAUUGAGUUUUUAACGACCGAACGAGGAAGGUGA